GACAAAAGCUGUCUGGACGCUCCCCAAUAACUUACUUUCAAUUCCGUCCCAUGCAGAUAAUGUCGGCGUUCGCUUACGCACACGGAAACAUGCGGGGCUGGUGGACAGGGUGCAUUUGGAGUGUGGUAAGCUGCAGGACCACGACCCUGGCGACUCAAAGAAGAAGGUCAUUCUCGACGCGACCCACUGCGACGAUUUGAUCGUUUGCUCUUUUAUUUUAUGGCAACCCUGUCGGCUUUGGGCUUGAAGGACAAAUGGCGAUGGCGUCGGAAGAAAGCACACCACACGAGACGACGCCACUGCUGGGCAAUGGCACCGCUGAGCACGAUGGCGCGUCUACCAGUGACAACAAGCCCAUUAGCGGUUGGCAACGUAUCGCAACGGCAGAGGUGCGACUACUGCUCGCUGGAUUCUUGAUCACAACCGGAUUAUGCUUCACCCAAGUCCCAAUCAUAUUUGCGUUCAAGAAGAUGGCAUGUGAAACAUUCUAUGGGCGUGGUGAACCUUUCAUUGGGGACGGCGACCGGUGCUCUAGACAGGAAGUAGACGCCAGCACCGCACGACAGAUGAUGAUUCUGGGAUUGUCGACCAUUUUUUGUGGUAUUCUCAACCUGACCGUCACCGGGACGGUAAUCAGGAAACGGGGCCCGUACUUUGCUCUGGCAAUCAACACAUUUUUCCCUAUCUUGCGUGUGAGCUUACAAGCCACUGCCAUUGGUAUUGGUGGAGAAACGGGUAUCAUCCUCAUGCAAUGCAGUCAAGUCUUUGGAAUCAUAGGAGGUCCAGCGGGGUACUUACUCACACUUAAUACGGCCCUCGCUGAGCUUGUAGAACCUGCUAAGCGCACUGCUGCGUUUGGCAAGCUCCAAGGCGCAUCAAUGUUCGGAACAGCUUUAGGAUUUCUGCUUGGUGGGAUUGUUGCCGAAGUGACAGUCAUUCGCAGACCCUUCGAGAUCGCAGCUGGUCUCAUGACGCUCUGCUUCAUAUAUUGUAUAUGCUUUAUACCAUACGUUGACCCCCAGACAAUGGGUGGCGAUAACAAGAAGGGAUCCAAGAAGCACCCGUCGUUCCUGCAGAGUCUUGGCCCUCAGACAUUGCGACUUCAGGAUGGCAGGUCUAUCAAGUACUACGGGCUGACCCUGCUUGCAUCAGGUGGUUUCGUUGCUGGUUUAGCUAUUGGCUACGCCCCAGUGUUGACGCAGCUGUACUCCGUCACCGUACUUCACUUCUCACCGUCGGACAACAGCGCAUUCAUGUUCAUGACAUUUACGGUGAGAGGGGCGUUUUUGAUGUUUAUCUUCCCCCAGAUCAUUAAAUAUGGUAGAAGGUGGUACGCAAAGUCAGAAGCGGCUGCUCAAACUGGACCGACCUUGGUAGAGACAAUCCCGACGACUGCACGGGACCUAGGCCCUUUCGAAGCAGCCCCCGAAACAGAGCCCACGGAGCCUCUGAACCCGCCGAAGCCAGUUGAUGAAGAUGCAGGUGCUGGCUUCGACUUGUUCUAUUUGAGGUGGAGCAUGCUAGGAGACGUGAUCGUCACUGGUUGUAUUGGAUUCGCACACCAACCAUGGCAUAUCUUUCUCGCCGGAGCUGUACUGCCCUUCUUUUCUGGUUCCGAUGCAGCAAGCAAGGGAAUUCUUACAGAAUUAGUUCCAGCAGCUCGUCGGCCUGAAGCGCUCCAGGCCAUCACUUUUGUGUCCUACGUUUCGGCCUUAGCAACCGUCGGUAUUUUUGGCUCGAUAUUCUCCGCUCUUGCUGAAAUCGGCAAGACCAACCUGGUAUUCUUUUGUAACGCCGCCGUCGCACUGAUUGCAAUUCUCCUUCUCAUAUUCGUCAGAAUACCACCAAAGGGAAGCACUGUGGAGACGAAUGACGAGGACCUCGAGCCUGAAGCAACUACCUAAGAACAAGCGUAACACGAUGGUACUUCCUGAACGCGCGACGCAUAAGCCGUGGAAUGGCACGCUCCCAACAUAAAACAACGCAUUGCAGACGGCAAAGGGUUUGGAAUUCUGAUGGG